GUCAUACUGUCAAGUAAUGUCAUAUUUGACAAGUUGUCAAAAUAAAAAUAAACAAAAUUAAUCAAAGAAGAAAUGUUUUUCUUUUUUCUUUUACUUGUAACUGUGGCUUUUUAAUAAAAUAGUUGCAUUUAUAAUUACAUAGUUAAUCAUUUAACGGCUGAUAUUUGUCAGGUCAGAUAGUUUAAAUUAAAAGUUGUAUUUCAUCAAACAUGAAUAAAUCUGUUGUAAUUACUGGGGAAGCUUCAGAGACGGAUAGUGAAGAUGAAAUCCAGAAUAACACACUGAAGGCAAUGACCAAAACUGUACAAGGUGCUGUUAUAACUGGGGAAGACUCUGAAUCAGAUACUGAAAUUGACAACAGUGUGGCCAGUGCCACAUCAGCUUUAAAUCAAAAGGAGUUAUUGGAAGUAAACGAGAGCAAAUGCAACUCCCUAUUUCAUCAAAAAUUAAGAGAAUAUAAUGAGCAGUUAAAUCAUAGUUUUGAAACCCAUUGUCAAAAUACAGUUCACGAGGCAAGUAAAAAUUUGAAUGUAAUCGACCAACAUCUACUCAGGUCCCAAAUAACGAUGCAAAAUGCUGUAACAUCUUUAAAGACGCUGAGUAUUAACUCUUUGUCCAUUAAGAGUAAACUGCAUUCCCUUUUAUCAUCAAAAUUUCUUACAAAUGUUACAUUAAACAGGUAUAAAUAAAAUAAAUACGAGAAGGUU